GGCUGCCGGCGGGACAGAAAACAGCAAGCCGCCGCCCGGCUGCGCAUAGAUGGAGCAAGCGGAGCUCGCGCGGCGCGGGCAGCAAUAAGCGGCUAAACGGCCGACCUCACAGACUCGCCAUGGAGGAGGAGAGUAUGAAGGAGGGGAGCGAGAAGCCUCGUGGAGCACGGACAGCAGACAAGGCUGGCUGGAUCAAGAAGAGCAGUGGAGGGCUCCUGGGUUUAUGGAAAGACCGCUACCUGCUCCUCUGCCAAGCCCAGCUGCUGGUCUACGAGAAUGAGGACGAGCAGAAGUGUGUCGAGACGGUGGAACUUGGAAGCUAUGAGAAGUGCCAGGACCUUCGUGCCGUCCUCAAGCGGAAGCACCGCUUUAUCCUGCUGCGAUCCCCGGGGAACAAGGUCAGUGACAUCAAAUUCCAGGCCCCCAGCGGAGAAGAGAAGGAAUCCUGGAUCAAAGCCCUCAACGAAGGGAUCAACCGGGGCAAGAACAAGGCUUUUGAUGAGGUAAAAGUAGACCAGACCUGUGCCCUCGAGCAUGUGACACGGAACCGGGUUCAUGGGGGUCAACGGCGCCGGCCACCAACAAGAAUCCACUUAAAGGAGGUAGCCAGUGCGGCUUCUGACGGGCUUUUGCGCCUGGACCUCGAUGUCCCGGACAGUGGACCACCAGUGUUUGCUCCUGUCAGUGAAGUGGAUGAAACUCAGCCCCAGGAACCACCCCGGGCUCUCAUGCCUCCUGCCAAGCCUUCCCCGGUACCAGAGACUUCCAGCGCUGAUGACAGCAUGGAGACUCCUGCAGGAGAGAGAGUCCCGACUCCCGUCUCAGCAGGCCCCGAGGCCAAUCCUGAGAGUCCAGAGGAUGCGGAGACCCCAGCAGAGGAGGACAGUGACUUUAAGAGGCUCCCUAAUAGCACAUUGUCUGAGAAACUGAAGGUGAGCUGGGAGAGCCCCAGUCCAGAGGAGUCUUCUGCUCUUGAGAGUGCCCAGCUGCCCAAGGUGCCCUCCUCGGAGACUCCAGAGACUGCCCCCAGGGAGAGCAAAAAGCCCCCUGCACCCCCUCCCAAGAUCCUUUCAGAGAAGAUGAAGGCCUGUAUUAGUGGGGUGGAUGCUUCUGGUCCAUCCCAGAGUUCUAAGCCUCCUGAGACCACUGCCCCAGGCUCAACACAGGUCUCUGUGAAUGGCAUGGAUGCCGGUUCAGAGUCUGCCAUGGGCACCCCUGGAACUGCUCCACGGGAGACAACAGCAGCCCCAGCACACCCCUCCUGGGACUUGCCAUCCCAGUUUCAUCCUCGCUCCUCUUCCCUUGGGGACCUACUCAGAGACGGGCCUCGGCAGGCACAGCUGCCCAAGGAAAAGUUGUAUCGGGCCCAGCUGGAAGUGAAGGUAGCCUCGAAACAGACAGAGCAGUUGCUGAACCAGGUGCUAGGCAGCGAACCACAACCUGUGUGUGCCGAGUCGUUGCUCAGCCAGGCUGUGGAGCAGCUGAGGCAGGCUACCCAGGUCCUGCAGGAAAUGAGGGAUUUGGGAGAGCUGAAACAAGAAGUGCCUGGGCUAGUGCAGAAACGGAAGGAGCUGGUGACCCUCUACAGGAGAAGUGCACCCUAGGCCUGCCGAGCCCAAGGCACUAAGCUCACCUACACACACGUCACUGCCUAGCCUUACUAAGAAAUGAGCUACAGCACAGGCUGUGGACACAACAUCGGAGUCGUCAAGUUUGGCCAGGACUUGAAGCUCCUGAUGUCCUUUCUACCCUAUCCUGGCUAGUGGUGCCAGGUAUCACCUGGGGCUACCUGGGUGGGC